AUGGCGUCACCGGGAACUUCAUUCAAGCUGUUCGAGAAGAUGUCUGUAUUUCGCCAGAUCCUUACAGCUGUGAUAUAUCUGCAUAAACAAAAAGCAGCGCACCUCAACAUUCAACCAGGAAGUGUUCUGGUUUUCAACAAAUGGAACAAAGUUAAACUCUCGGGCUUUGGUCACGUGAUUAAAGUACGUCCGGAUGAGACGUGUCAGGAGUACGACCUUCACCAUGUGGCGGGUCCCAUGGAAGCUCUCGUGCGCAUGCAGCCGUACAACCCUUACAAGGCGGACACCUGGGCGCUCGGCUCGCUACUGUUUUACAUUAUCACAGGGAAUUUCCUCCACGAGAAAACGAACACGCCGCUACCUGCCAUUUUGCUGCCUGUGCUUAAAGAAUGUGACGUAUGCCACCAGAAAGCUAUUCUGUCCACGCUUACAACUCUGCUAUUUUACGAGCCUAACCGCCGUCCAGAACUCAUCGUUGUGUUGCAGAAAAUAAAUGACCUGAAGAAGUAG